AUGCGUGUCUACUUUAUCCUCAUCCUGGCUGUUGCCACUGUGUCGGGCGCCACCUCCGAGAUGCUGUCGUUCCAGAAUGCCAUUCAAUCCUCAGGUGGUGCCAAAAUAGAGACAAGCGCUGGGAGACUUCUCCGAGCAGAGUUGACGACAGAUGAGACGUACCCGGAAGAGAGGACCUCUUUGGCCGCUGUCGAAAAGCUAAAUGCGAAGACAAAAGAUGUACUAAAAGACAAGUGGGAUGCGGCAAACGUGAAGUAUCAGUCCCCUUUCAUCUAUAAUGACGGCAUUGGGCAAUCAAUAAUGAAGAGAAAUAUCGAUCCUGACAAGGUGUUCAAAUACCUGACGCAGCAAAAGCUUGAUCGGACGAUCGGAGAGAAUCCUCAGUAUGGACUAUGGAAGGCCUAUUUGGAACUGUGGAAGAAAAACCAUCCCAGAUGGAAAAGCAAGCUGCAGACGGUGGACUAA